GAAUCGCGAAUGGAAAAUUAACAGUUAGAAUGGAAAUUUACGUUAAAAUCGGAUGGAACUUUUAAAAUUUACGUAAAUAAGUUGGCGCCGAAUUCCUUGAGGUCACAAUAUUAAAUUUCAAGGUUACACGAAAAAUAUCCCAGUUUUCAACUAGAAAUCGAAUGGUACUUUAGAUAACGUUUUCGUUCAAAUUAAAAACUAAUAAGAAAUUAUAUAGACGAUCCGCAUUUAAAAACGUGAUUACCACAUAUGCGACAAUGUGCUGAUAACGAAAAAAACAACUAAGAUAACCUUUACUAAGCCUUAUACAAGUACUUAUUAAACCUAAAUUGAUCGUACCCCCCCUAUUGCAACACGACACUUGUGUUUCGUCAAGUUCCUAUUGCCUUGUGAACAGUUAACUCAUUUACUCGAUAAUUACUCAGCAAGGAAAUGUCUUUUAAAGCCGGUUUAAUUAAAUACAACACUUUUAAUCAAGUAUGCAAACGCUCAAAUUCUUUUUGGGCCAAUGUGGCAAUGGGCCCACCAGAUGCUAUUCUAGGUGUAACUGAAGCAUUUAAACGUGAUACAAAUCCAAAAAAAGUUAAUUUAGGUGUUGGAGCCUAUCGUGAUGAUAAUGGAAAACCUUAUGUACUUUCUUGUGUUAGAAAAGCAGAAAAACGUUUGUUGGAAAAGUCUUUAGACAAAGAAUAUCUCCCAAUUUCUGGAACAGCUGAUUUUUGUAAACAUAGUAUUAACUUGGCUCUUGGAGAUAAUAAUCCUGUGGUUUCUAAUGGUUUAAAUGCAACUGUACAAGGGAUAUCUGGCACGGGUUCUUUAAGAAUUGGAGCUGCUUUUUUGAAGUCAUUUUUCCCAGGAAAUAAAACGGUUUAUAUUCCAAUACCCACAUGGGGUAAUCAUACUCCUAUUUUUAAACAUUCCGGUUUAGAUGUGAAAACAUACACAUUUUAUGACCCAAAAACCUGUGGGUUUGAUUUUAAAGGUGCUAUGGAUGAUAUUUCUAAAAUUCCUGAAAAAUCAAUAAUUCUUCUACAUGCCUGUGCUCACAACCCAACCGGUGUAGAUCCAAACCCACAACAAUGGGCGGAAUUAUCCCAAUUAAUCAAAAAACGCAACCUUUUCCCCUAUUUGGACAUGGCAUAUCAAGGUUUUGCUUCUGGAAAUAUUGAUAAGGACGCUUUUGCUGUUCGCCUCUUUGUAAAAGACGGUCAUCAAAUUGGUUUGGCGCAAAGUUUCGCGAAAAACAUGGGUUUAUAUGGUGAACGAGCUGGGGCUUUCACUAUUACAACCGCGUCCAAGGAUGAGGCGGAUAAGGUUUUGUCUCAAUUGAAAAUUUUGGUCCGUCCGAUGUAUUCUAAUCCACCCAUGAAUGGAGCGAGAAUCGUCACUGAGAUUUUGAGCGACAAAGAAUUACGCGCUGAGUGGCUUCAAGAAGUGAAAGUUAUGGCUGAUCGAAUUAUUUCUGUACGGGCUAAAUUGAGGGAAAAUUUGAAAAAGGAAGGAUCUAGUUUGAAUUGGCAACACAUUACUGAUCAAAUUGGAAUGUUUUGUUUCACAGGAAUGAAGCCACAACAAGUGGAGAAGAUAACUAAAGAUUUUAGUGUAUAUUUAACCAAAGAUGGUAGAAUAUCGAUGGCGGGGGUUACUUCAAAGAAUGUGGAAUACUUAGCACAUGCCAUGCAUACAGUUACUAAAUAAGAAGUCUUUUUGUCUCUUUACUUUUUACAUCCUUGUAUUAUGCUCAAAUUUUGUUUCUUAUAUUAAGUUUAAACUUUAAAAAUAUGGUAUUAAAAAAAAAUUUUAUUGUGAAAA